GCCCGCCAAAAAUAGCUCAGUCGUCGCGAUUUCUUAAACUCGAACAGAAGCACGACGCACUCGAAACGAUUCUGCCUUCUGUUGGAUUGAAAUUUUCAUUUUAUAUUUUAUUCGGGUAGCAAUUUUAUGAUUCAUUUGAUAAUUCGGCUAGUAAAGUAGGUUUCAAUUCGAGGAAAACGAUAGCGCGAAAUGAUUCAGCGAUUGUUCCGGCAAGGGUUGUGCAAAUAAAUAUUAGUCAACGGCUGCUCAAGAGUAGUUUAAACGGAGGUGAUUAAUUUUCCACCAACGUAAUCUGGGCAAGUGAAGAAAAAUCACGCUCGGGAAAAUGGGUAGUUUUAUAUCGACUAAUGGGAGCCGCGGGGAGGAAGAGGAGAGAAAUACAUCGAAUGGCGCGCCAACAGAAAGCGGAUGGGAAGAAACUCAGCACGUUAACGACGACUCAGCAGAUGUAGAAGUGAGGGAAAAUUGUGCAAUAAUUUGCAAUAAAUCAGAAAACUUGUCAGAAAAUAGUGUUGUUGAAAGUUCGUUCAAGGACGAUGAACCUGAUGAGUUUGAAUCAUGUGAUGGUGGGGAACAAAACGACAAAUUGGCAGAUUUUCGAGAGGAGAUCGCGAGGCAUCGUGAGCUUCGAAAAGCGAAAAUGGCGGAAAUCAGGCAAGAGAUGGAUCAGCUGAGAAAAGACCUGGAAGAGGAAAAAAGUAAAAACCUUACACUGGUCCAAUACAUACAAGGACAAGAUCAAACAAAGCAAUUGCCUGCUGAUGUAUUUGUUGCCGUCAAUGAAAGCUGUGAAAAUGAUCACGUGGAAGAUUCUCACGACAAGACAGAGCACCGACAAAGCGACAGCUCUGCAGACAGUUCAUCGGACUCACUUUCACAGGAUGAAACACGUCGAGCCCUGCGCAAAGACCUGGCUGAGUCACAGCUUCAUCUGCAGCAAGCCAAUGCAGAAAUUCUCUCCCUCCAGGAUACCAUCGAUCAGUUGAAAUCACAAGCCCAGACAAACGAAACCACACAGGAAGAUCACAGCUCUGAGCUGCGAAAACUGAAGGCAGAACUCGCGGAGCUUCAAUUCCAGCUACAGAUCUCGAACGCCGAAACUCUCUCCCUUCAAACGGUAAACGAUCAGCUACGGAACCAGAUUAAGAGCCUCAAGGAAGUGAUCAAAGCCGGCAAGGAAAUCAUCACCAUCCGGGAGGAUCAAGUUGAUCAACUGAAGGCAAAGCUGCGCCAGAUUGAGGACUCUCUGCACGAGCGCGAGCUGCAGAUAAUGUCCACCGAUCUUCGCCGCGAGUACGAACGACAAAUGACCAACAUCCGCAAUCUGCGUGAACUGUACGAAGAACGUGAACGUGUUUCCCGGAUGGAGCGUGACAAUUUGCUCCGGCAGCUGGAGCUGCGCAAGAACGACCUGGACGCGGAACUGGAAAAGAACAAAAACCUCGAAUCCCACGUCUCCGGUUUGCAAACCGACCUGGAAGCCACCAAAGCUGAACUGUACCAAACGAAGGAAAAGCUGGCCCAAUCGGUGGCCGAAUGUCACCAGCUGCAGGCGGAAAUGACCGUGGUAAAUCAAUUCAUCUCGAAGUUUUUGCUGGGCAUGGGCCCAAAUCGAACGGCCGACCAGGUCAAGCUGGACAAACUGACCUCGGUGCUGGCCGAAAAUCGGGACCUGCUGAUCGAAAUGACCAAGGAGGAAGCGGAAACGAUUGAUUUGGGUGCGUUCUUGCCCCGGGCCUUGUACGAUUUGGUGUCCGAGGUGGACCAGGAAGAGCAGCAGCAGCAGCAACAGCAACAACGACAGCAGGACGAUUCAGGAGAACCAACUUCGGAGUCUAGUUUGUCGGGAGAAGAGUUCAGUCAGGUGCAGACCGCCUCACCGGAACAAAUCGCUGACAAACUGCCGAAAGUGUGGCGGGUGCUAAUUGAACUGGUGAAUCAUCAGGAACAAGUCGAACCUGUGCCAUUUGUGGAAAACGGAGAAAGUGAAGAAUGUCUCAAGUCCGUGCCGACAAAGAAUGGAUCGAAAACGGUGGUUAGCGUGAGCAAAACCUACCUCAAACUGAAGGACCUCAUUCUGGAGAAAAAAGCACUGAAGAAGGAAACGAACCGGUUGAAAACAUUGAACACUCACCUGGAACGCCGCCUGGAAACGCAAGAAAAACGCCUGAGUGCAGUGAGUUUGGAGCUCACCAAAACGUGGCACCUUGUUGGCAAAAUGCAGCGUCAACACCGACAGCUCCACACCCAGGAACAAAUAUUGCGCUACCAUUUGCAGCAAAAACGGCGUCUGCUGAGUGAACUGAAGGAGGAACUCGAAUACUGCCGCUUGAAGUGGUCAGCAGCCCGGCAGAAAAACACCGAAUCCGAAGAAGAAUGGCGGCAGUUGAAGGCUGAUUUUGCCGCUCGCAAGAAACAGGAUUCGUUCAACCAGUCGGGCGAAAGUGGCUACAGUGAUGAGCAGGCAACGGAUGAUGAGGACGAUACGUCGAUUAAAGGAUCCAAAAAGCAAACUCGUAAAGAUUUCUUGGCCAGGAUGGCUUGUUUGGAGAAUCGGUUCCGUAGUGCUUCUUUGAGCAACGUUUUGCAGGUGGCUCUUGAGCUGAGAAAGUGUCACAGCGAGUCGGAUAUGAAAUCGCUGAGCAAUGUGGAGAGAGCAAAUCAGUUUUGUAACGAGAAGAUUGAAGAUCUACCACUAUUUCCGGAAGAGUGUGAUUGUACAGUGAAGAUGAAAACAAAGAAAGUAAAAAAGAAAAAAGAUAAGAAAUCAGGACCAGAAACGGCUGAGGAGAUGUUUAAACGGCUGGCAGGUAUUCCUCCAGAUAGCAAUGACGAUGAGGAAGAUGAUUCAGAAACCGAACUUACCAUUGACUCAGAAUGCUCUGAGAUUGAGAAAAUUGAAGGGAAUGGCGAGGGAGAGAAGGAAGGUACUCAGAAUCAAGAACCUGCUUUGACUAGCGAGGAACUGUUCAAUUUGAAAAGAGAAGCUAGACUGAAAAGAAUGGCUGAAUUGAACAACCAGCUGGAUAAUUACUCUAGUGGAGCUAGUUCCUCUAAAGACACCUCUAGCUAUGUAACCGAAGAGAAUGCAUCCGACUCUGAACCGACACAAGUUCUAACUUCAACUGAAGAAGAAUAUCUGCAGAGGCGAGCUGCACGAUUGGAACGUUUAGAACGUGAAGCACAGGAGUUUCGAAACAGACUUAAGCGGACUGUGAAUCGUGGAAGUCAAAUAUCGGCACAGAUAGACGACAUUCAUAACGGUUUCAUGGCAAGACAGUCGGAAUCUCCAAUACCUGGAUCAUCUUCAUCGGCUGAACCCAAUAGGAGUCAGGAAAGGCCAGCUGAAGACCUAGCAACUCUGAGCGAACGUGAACAAGAAUACACACAGAGUCGAUCGGAUCGCCUACAUCAACUGGAAGUUGAGAGUCAGUCACUAAUCAAUAAGAUGAGUAAGACACUCGAACGGGGAUCGAAUCUCAACAGCCACCUAGACAAACUUCACUCUCGAUACGGCAGCAAUGAUCAGCAAAGUGGCGGUGAGCAACCCGAAGAUGCUGAACAAGAAAGCUCCACUAGACUUGUUGAACAGGAACGUCAAGAGCUGACACCCCAAGAACCCGCAACUGCAGAGAGUGUCCUCAUGGAGAAUUCUAUAACAAUGCCCAGCAGCGGUCCCAUCGAGUUGAUAUUGGUCUCCGAUGAAGAGAUUCUGGAAGAAGUAGACGAAGUUCAACCUACCCCAAGCAACGCUACCUCAUCACAGGAAGAUGGAACGAAUCACGAAGAAUAGUGAACCAUUGAAGAUAUGUCUGUUUAUGUCUCUUAUGCUAACGUUAUACGAGUUUGAACAAAAGACAUGUCCACCAAAAUGUCGUCAAUAUUGAUAUCUAGCUGCUUAAGAAAAUUGAUAAACCAAAAUGUGUUAGAUUUUCAUAUACUUUCAAAAAUAAACGAACUACAAUUUGAAAA